GAACAAGGAACCGUGAUGUUCCCUUUAGCGUUAUCGUAGUGUACCUUGGGCUGUAAAAUAUUUUGUAUAUACAUUAUAGGUAUGCUUUUGUUUCAAUUAUUUCAUACCGCUUGAAACUUACUCCAUUUUUAGAAAGGUGCCUCGCGUAAUCUUAAAUUCUUCACAUUGACUGUAUAUACUUACACACACCAAACCUAUACGUAUAUAUGCCAUAAUCUAUUUUAUCGGUAUCAUGAAAUCUGAACGUCGUCACUGAUAUUUUGCCCGUGACUAACACAAGUCAGUAUUGCUUUCGUGUGGGCAUCGCAAAGAGUUUUAAGCGAGGUGUUGGGAUAAUGGAUAUAGAGCACAGGAUGCGGGACAUAAAUUUAACAACGAUACUAUUCGUGAUCGCAGUUUUUACGUCGAGACAGCAAUAUGCUUACGGCUUGAGCUGUUACGUUUGCGACAGUACGUCAUCUUCAAGUUCAUGCAUUUCGGAUCCUGAUUUUUCGACUACGUGCAAUUACAAAUAUUGUACAAUUUAUCGACGGGAAUUGGCAGAGCCUACGGGACUCGUGACGGCGUUUUAUCGCGCUUGCGAAGAUAAUCCAAUGUAUUUAAAUACCGAAGUCAAGACACCCUUUGCCAAAACCUAUUACCGUGCCUGUACAAGUAAUCUCUGUAACCUCGGGAACGGUGUUGCGGAGGUCACUUCCUCAAGCGUUGAAAUAAUUACCGCCGGGGACAACAGUCUAGUUGUUCCGGGUGUUGGGGUUGAAAAUGAUGCAUCCAGUUUGCACUCCGGAACUUUGCUCGCUUUUGUGCUCAUAAUAAUUGCGUACGUGCUUGUUACGUACUACGAGUGAUGAAAUGCUUUAUUGAUUUUCAUUGUAAACAUGAUGGCAUCGAAUUAUAUGCACUGAA